AUGGCCCGCUACGAGGACAGAGACCGGGACGGCGGCGGCGGCGGCGGCAGCGGGGGAGGAGGGGGAGGAGGAGAACGGGACGGUCCGUACAAUAGAGGGAGGCCCCUACACAGAAGUAUAUCCAUCCCCCCCCCUUUUCAAAUAAAAUGGGAAAAACUCGGAGCGCCCGUUCUUACAGUCAUCAAGGACCCGUCACAGAUUACGGUGCUUCGGUCGGAAAAUGGAUGAUGAAGCGACGGAUGAACUGGCGCGGCCAGAAUAUUGACUUUUUGAGGCCAGCGCCGGGGUUUAUUGUCGAUGUUUGUAUACCUCGCCUGGCCUCGUGUGUGGCUCUCGGGAUGGAAGAGUUGCUGAUUGCGUUUGUUGUAGUUGCUACCUCCUGCAGCGUAUUUGGAGAAUCCAGCGAGCUCGUUGCCGACAAAGCAUAUACACGCUUCGUUGAACAAAAUCAAACAUCCGAUUAACGUUGUCAAGGUCGGUUCUUGGAGCCCUUUCCCGGCGGAUUGAUGGUCGCAGUGGGGGGAUGGAUGGCGCUGACUGGAUGGGGUUGUUUAGUGGACACCUGAAGGCAGGAGGUUGCUCACCGGAUCCAGUAGUGGAGAGUUUACCUUAUGGAACGGGAUGGGGUUUAAUUUUGAGACCAUUAUGCAGGUGUGUUGGUGCUGCAGCGAAUGCUUUGCGGGAAGGCGUGGCUAAGGUUUGGGUACAGGCUCACGAUUGUGCUAUCCGUGUUUGCCAAUACUCGCAUAGUGGCGAUUGGUUGCUUUCGGGAGAUCAGGAUGGGACGGUCAAGUACUGGCAGCCUAAUUUCAAUAAUGUUAAAGUACUCGAUGCACAUAAAGAACCUAUUCGUGAUUUAUCGUGGGUUUUAUCCUCCAAUUUUCUUGGUGUAUGUAUGAUAUAUAUAUAUAUAUAUAAAGUUAAUGGCUUAUAGGUUCUCGCCUACCGACGCAAAGUUUGUUACUGCGUCCGACGACGGUACGCUCAAAAUCUGGAACUUCAACGAGGGAGUCGAGGAGCGGGCUCUCACAGGUCACGGUUGGGAUGUAAAGUCCGUGGACUGGCAUCCAACCAAGGGGUUAAUAGUCUCUGGUUCGAAGGAUCACUUGGUGAAGCUUUGGGAUCCUCGCUCCUCCCGCUGCCUGACUACGCUACACGGUCACAAGAAUACCAUCUCAAAAUCUCUCUUCCAGCCCACUCGUGGCGAUCUGCUGGCAACUUGUGCGAGGGACCAAACGUGUCGAAUAUUCGACCUUCGUGCGAUGAAGGACUUCUGCGUGCUUCGUGGUCAUGAGAAGGAUAUAUCAACGCUGGCCUGGCACCCAAUCCACCCGGCAUUGAUCUCUACGGGAGGUUCGGAUGGAGCUCUUAAUCACUAUCUCCUUGACGAGAGCCCGCAAGGUGUCAACGCAUCCCAUACAUCCUCAACAAUCAUCCACCCCGCAGCGUCAAUUCCGUUCGCACAUGAAUAUGCGAUUUGGAGCAUGGAAUACCACCCGCUCGGCCACAUCCUCUGCUCCGGAUCCAACGAUAGAAUCACCCGUUUCUGGACCCGCCCCCGCCCCGGCGAACUCGAUGGUUUCCGUGACAGGCAUCAUAUCGGCGAUGAGGCUGCCGCGGCGAUGGGAACUUAUGACCGUCGUGGACGAAGAAACAGACAGGAAGAGGAGGAGGAAGAGCAGGACGAGGCAGAUGCACUAGUAGAUCAGAAGAUGCCGCUACCGGGUCAGCAAUCACAUGGCAUUCCUGGAUUCCCUAACAUACCGAAUAUGCCCGGUUUAGUUCCGCCCCUACCCAUGGGUGGGGCGGUCCCGGGACUCGGAGAUCUAUCGUCAACUCUCGCCGGCCUCUUCAACACGGGUAAACUCCCACCUCCACCGCCACCCCCUCCGCACCUUCAGGGUGGCCCUGGAGGAGGAAGUGGCCCGCCACCCCCGCCCCUCCCCGUAGUGGGCGGUGCUAUUCCUCCGGGAUUUAUCCCCCCUCCACCCCCACCUAAUUUCGGCAUUCCUGUAAUGGGUGGGGCACCAGCGGGCGGUAUUCCUGGUAUCCCAGGGUUGGGAGGUGGAGGCGUGCCUACUGCUACACAGUCGCUUGCAGCGAACGAGGAUCAUCAGGGCGGGAGAAAUAGAGCACCGCUACCAAGCCAAAAGGAGAGUUUACGGGAGGCGCAGGGAUUUCGUGGUGGCGGCGCUGGGGGCGGUAACAGGAGGUAG